AUGGCCAUCUUUUCUCUCUUCUCAUCAUUGUGGAUCAGUGCUGCCAAUUCCCCAUCUCAAACACUUGCAUUUGCUGUCUUUGCUGUGCCUGUUCUGUACGUGAUUGUCAAUGAGUUUAUUCGUGCCUCAGCUCGCAUCCCAGGUCUCGAAGGGCCUCGCGGUCUCCCGUUAAUAGGAAACCUCGCACAAAUCCGCAAGAAUGCAGCGGAGCAAUACCGAAUAUGGUCAAAGGCCUUUGGACCAGUGUUUCAAAUCCAGCUGGGCAGCAUGCCGAUUGUUGUUGUGAACUCGGCUGCAGCUGCAAAAGUCUUGUACGGCCAGAGCUCACAAGCCUUGGCCUCGCGGCCUGAAUUUUAUACGUUCCACAAGGUUGUCUCUAGUACGUCUGGUACAACAAUUGGAACAUCUCCUUAUAGUGAAUCAUUGAAACGUCGUCGUAAGGGUGCCGCAUCAGCGCUCAACAGGCCUUCCGUCGAGUCGUAUGUGCCACACCUGGAUAUUGAAACGAAAACUUUUGUGGCCGAAUUACUCAAAUACGGUGACGGGGGCAAAGUGGCGGUCGAUCCAAACCCGAUCAUUCAGCGCUUGAGUCUCAGCCUGUCAUUGACUCUGAACUGGGGAGUUCGCGUGGCCUCCCAAGAAGAAUCGCUCUUUGGUGAAAUUACCCAUGUUGAAGAGGAAAUCAGCAAGUUCAGAAGUACCACUGGCAACUUGCAAGAUUACAUUCCUCUUCUCCGUCUGAAUCCCUUCAAUUUGAAUUCGGCGAAGGCAAAAGAGAUGAGAAUGCGUCGGGAUAAGUACCUUACCAAACUGAACGACGACCUAGAUCGACGAAUUGAGAAAGGCACCCAUAAACCGUGCAUCCAGGCAAAUGUCAUCCUUGACAAAGAGUCUAAAAUCAAUCAGGAAGAACUUAUUUCUAUAAGCUUGAGCAUGCUAUCAGGAGGACUCGACACUGUUACCACGUUGGUUGCAUGGAGCUUCGCUCUGCUUUCGCAGCGUCCUGAUAUCCAAGAGAAAGCAAGAGCAGAGAUUCAAAAGUUUUACGACGAGGAUCAGCCUUUAUGCGACCACCAGGACGACCAAUCUUGUCGUUAUAUUGCAGCUCUUGUGAGAGAGUCCCUGAGAUAUUUCACCGUUCUUCGCCUCGGCCUUCCUCGCUCGUCAACCAAGGAUAUCACCUACAACGGAGCAGUCAUUCCUAAAGGUACAACCUUCUUCUUGAACGCAUGGGCGUGCAAUAUGGGUAAGUAUCCGGCCCCUCCAGAAAGUCCGUCCUGUCCCUACGCUGAUUACUUCACUUUAGACCCCGAGCUCUGGCAGGACCCCGAAGAGUUCAGACCAGAGCGCUGGCUAGAGCAACCCGACGCACCAAUGUUUACCUACGGUAUGGGCUAUCGGAUGUGCGGAGGCUCGCAGCUCGCCAAUCGCGAGCUCUACUUGACCUUCAUGCGAACGUUGAAUAGUUUUCGCAUCGAGGCGCAGGGUUCAGUGGACUGGCAUCCUGUCCAGGGCAGCUCAGAUCCGACCAGUUUGGUGGCUAUCCCUAAGGCAUAUAAAGUUCGGUUCGUGCCAAGAAACCCCGAAGCACUGGCCAAGGCGCUGGCUGGUUGA